AUGAAGAAAUCGUGUGUGGCACUUGCCAAUCGCCACUUCCAAUUAUUGGUGGUUGGCGGCGGCGCUGGCGGAUGUGGUGCGGCGAGCAAAUUCGCGCGGGUGUUGCCGAAAAACGCGGUGGCGAUCGUCGAACCCCAUGAGGAGCACUACUAUCAACCCGGCUUCACACUUGUCGGCGGCGGUCUGAUGAGUCUCGAGGCGAAUCGACGACAACAAAGUAGUGUGAUACCGAAGAACACGGUGUGGAUUCAAGAUUUGGUUGAGAGAUUCGAGCCGGCUGAAAAUCGUGUCACGCUGAGCAAUGGCGAUCAAGUCAGUUACGACUAUAUGGUGGUUGCCGUUGGUGUUUCCCUUCGAUAUGACAUGAUUAAAGGCGCAUUAGAAGCGUUGGAAACGCCAGGAGUUUGCUCGAAUUAUUCGCCAAAAUAUGUGGAGAAAACAUUCAAAGAAGCGAGCAUUUUUCAAUCGGGCAAUGCGGUUUUCACGUUUCCCAACACGCCGAUAAAAUGCGCCGGAGCGCCGCAGAAGGUGUGCUACAUCACCGAAUCGAUUCUGCAAAAGCGUGGCGUACGUCAGAAUGCAAAUGUGAUUUAUGCGACCAGUUUGGGAAGGCUUUUCGGCGUCGAGAAAUACCUCAAACCAUUGGAGAAAGUGGCGCGCGAGAAAAACGUCGACGUGAGGACUCGUCAUAACUUGAUCGAAGUCGAUCACCGAAACAAAUUGGCAAUUUUUGAGCUGCUUGACGACAAUUGCAAUUCGAAGGGAAAAUUCGAUACGAUUGAGUAUUCGAUGCUCCAUAUUGCGCCGCCUUGCACGACGCCGGAAGCGUUGAGAACGUCGGAGCUCGUCGAUGCCACCGGCUUCAUGGACGUCGAUCAUUUGAGCCUUCAAUCGAAAAAAUUCGCCAACGUCUUUGGCGUUGGUGAUUGUAUGAAUACGAGCAAUGCGAAAACGGCGGCGGCCGUUUCGUCGCAUCUGAAAACGAUCGAGAAGAACCUCAAAGCGAAAUUUGCCGGCAAACAAAUGACGGCGGAGUAUGACGGCUACGCCUCAUGUCCACUGGUGGUGUCCACGAAUCGCGCGAUUCUCGCCGAAUUUGGGCCCGAAGGACGAAUGGAAUCGACUCCGUUCGAUCAAAGCAAACCAAGUUAUUGGGCGUAUCUCAUGAAGCGCUAUUUCAUGCCAUUCUUGUAUUGGAACGGACUCGUUCGUGGCUACUGGAAUGGUCCCGCCGCGAUUCGUCGCGUCUCGAAACUAUUCCGAAGAGUCAACGAGUAG